GAUUUUUUAACCUCCAAAAACCCAAUGAUACCGUUGUUUAUCCGGGGUACAUUCCCAAAAACUCUCCCUCCCCACGAUUUGCUAUUAAGCAAACACGAUUGCAGAACAAAUAUUCCCUCUGAACUAGUCGUACAACGAGUGCAAUAAUAGAUCAAUUGUAGCAGUGCUAUUAAUUUAAUAAUGAUAUUUAUAACCUCUAUUGUUAACAAGUGUUGUGAUUCCCAUUCAUGCUUUCAACAGUGGAGUGAAUUAUAAUAAAUCCAGGAUAGUGAGAUGGCCUUUUUCUUCAACGAUCAAGUUUACACGAAGUCUUUCACUCCAAGAGAAUAUCAGGUGGAACUACUGUACACCGCAAAGCAGAGAAAUAUCAUAAUAUGUCUAGGAAAAUACACCGAGCAAACAUUCAUCGUAACGAAAUUAAUUCAGGAAUAUGCGACAGGAAAUCGAUGUCCUGUCCCCUCCUCCCAGCGAAUUGUUUAUUUGUUAGAUAACGAAGAAUCUUGUUCUCUAAAAUCCGAUUACAUUGAACAACUGACAGACUUGAAAGUAUUAGUCAUCAAUUCUCCAAAUAGUAAUAAUGAACUUACGCACAAUCUUUCCACGGCCCACGUGCUCCUCACGACAAGCCAAAUUUUUCAUGAAUUGGUCAAGACGAGAGCGAUCUCUGCAGAGCAGAUCAGUUUAUUGAUAUUCGAUCAGUGCCAGUUGUUAAUUAAAAAUGAGGAGGUUACGGAUUCAUUGGCGACUCUGCGAGGGUCGCCAGGCGGUGAGAGAUUGAGGGUGAUUGGAUUAGCGAUUCCUCUGUUGGAUCUCACAGAGGAGCCUGGAAGACUGAGCUUGGAGAUUAAUCGUUUAGAGAGAACUUUUGAAUGUGAUGUAGAAACGACUAGUGAUAUUUUAUCAAUUUUAAGAUACAGCCCGAGACCAAAAGAAUACAUAAUAGAAUUCGAGAAGUCUCCCACAGGGGCCUUCCAAUCUACUCUGGAAGCAAUUGCCUUGGACGCAAUGUCCUUCCUGAACGAUCACAGACAUGACCCCACCGAGAUCUACCAAGACGAGUUCCUCGAGGACAUUCAGAAAAUUCCAGACCCAACGGAGAAGCCCCGAGAGAUGCUCCAAGACUUUCUGACAAUCCUGGAGACCUUAGGACCCUGGUGUGCGGAUCGUGCAGCCCUUUCCCUGCUCACCCUCUCUGAGAAGUUGAAAAUAAAAACUCCCUACGAGCGUCACUAUCUCCUCCUUAAUCUCGUCGGCUCAGUGAUGAUAAAGAUACGAGCCCUCUGUGACCACGAGUUCUCCUCGAUACCGGAGAAGGUCAGAGUCUACGACUACUCAACGCCAAAGGUCCACCGCCUACUGGAAGCCUUGAAGACGUACGCACCUCUGUACAAGAAAGCCUUGGAGAGUCCCGAGAGAAUAUAUCCACGCAGGCAUUGGCUUCAGAACAACAUGAAGCACAAUCAGUCCCAGUCCAGCCAGCCUCCUGGGGAGGCCACUGUCCCCAACAAACGCGGAAGAUACCACAGGGCAUUCAGAGGAAUGACAGACCCAGACCUCCUCUGUGGUGUGAUAUUCGUGGACAAGAGUUUCACAGCAAAAAUUCUAUUUUACCUCCUGAACGAAGUCUCCAAGCACGACGAGGAUCUGCACUUCCUGUCGCCCCUGUACACCAUCGAAAAGACCUCCGACGAUUCGAGUUACUCCCGAGACCCCGAGGCUGAACACAAGAAGCAGGAGGAGGUGCUAAAAUCCUUCCGGAUUCACGAGUGUAAUUUGUUGGUGGCAACAGCAAUUCUGGAAGAGGGAAUAGAGAUUCCAAAAUGCAAUUUUGUGAUGAGAUACGACUUCCCCAAGACGUAUCGAUCGUACGUCCAGUGCAAGAGCAGAGCCAGGGCGAAUGAUGCCGUCCACAUACUGCUCAUAUCCAGCACAGGUGCUAAGGAAGCCAUUUGGCAGCUAGCGCAGUAUCACUACAUCGAGAAAGUUCUGCUCGAGAAGUGCACUAGCGAGGAGCCCAGGGAGGACGACGAGACAGAGGCUGACAGGUACUCCUCGAUAAUACCAAGUUAUCAGCCGCUAAAGACUGAGAAUGGCCCUCUGGUCUCCUUCAAUUCAGCGAUAUCCCUGGUGAACAGAUACUGCGCUAAACUGCCCAGUGAUACGUUUACGAGACUGACACCCGAGUGGUCGGUAAAGACAUUAAAAUGCAACGAGCAAACUUUGUACUCGUGCUCCCUGAGGCUUCCCAUAAAUUCUCCCCUGAAAUACGUGAUAUCUUCUCACCCGAUGCCCAAUAAAGCGAUGGCCAGGAGGUUGGCAGCACUGCAGAUGUGCAUAAACCUCCACAAAGAAAACGAAAUUGACGACAAUUUGUUGCCAAUUGGAAAAGAGAACUUCAAAGCUAGACCCGAGGACGUGGAGGUGCCAGCAUUGCCUGAUGAAAUCAGGUCUGAGUACUCGGAGGCUAGACCUGGUACGACAAAACGUCGUCAGUACUACUACAAGAAGACUGCUGAGGCUCUAACUGACUGCAGGCCGACAGUUGGAGUUCCAUCGUAUCUCUACCAUAUCAAGAUGAUCCUGAGUUGCCCUCUCCCUCAGGAGCAGAACACGAGAGGCAGAAGAAUAUACCCACCGGAGGAGUCACACAUUGGUUUUGGCAUUCUCACCCUGAAGAAGAUCCCAAAGCUCAGUCCAUUUCCGAUUUACACUCGGUCUGGGGAGGUACAGGUGGAGCUGAAGCUCAGUAAGAAUACUGUUGUCUUGGAUUCCAUCAAGAUUGAAAGGGUCUCGACGUUCCUCAACUACACCUUCACGAAUGUCCUCAAGCUGCAGAAGUACCUCAUGAUCUUCGAUCCAAACGCCUCCGAAAAUUCCUACCUCAUAGUUCCGGUUAUGAAGACUGAGACGAAGGGAGUGGAGGACAUAGAUGUCGAUUGGGAUUUCCUCCAGCUGAUCUAUGACAACCGGAACACCAUUCCUAGUGAAGUUUCGGAGAAUGAGAGGGAGAAUUUUCAGUUCGAUGCUGCCAAGUACAACGACGCUGUGAUAAUGCCCUGGUACAGGAACCAGGAUCAACCGCAGUACCUAUACGUUGCUGAGAUCUGCAGGAAUUUGAGUCCAAAAUCGUUGUUCCCUGGGGAUGGUUACAGCACGUUUGAGGAGUACUACUUAAAAAAAUAUGGAAUCAAAAUUCAGAACCGGGAUCAACCGCUUCUCGACGUGGACCACACAUCAGCUAGAUUGAAUUUCCUUACCCCCAGGUAUGUCAAUAGAAAGGGAGUGGCUCUGCCAACGAGUAGUGAGGAGACCAAAAAAGCCAAACGAGAGAAUCUCGAGCAGAAGCAGAUCCUGGUGGCUGAGCUGUGCGCAGUCCAUCCUUUCCCAGCUUCCUUGUGGAGACAGGCUGUUUGUUUACCUUGUAUACUGUACAGAAUAAACGCUCUACUAUUGGCGAAUCAAAUAAGGUGUCAAGUGGCGCAGAUGAUGAACCUGGGGCUGCAGCAUCUCUCCGAGGAUUUCGAGUGGCCAGCCCUGAAUUUCGGUUGGAGUCUUGCUGAGGUCUUGAAAAAGUCCAAGGAGAUGAAGAAAAUUGAACUUGAGGAGCCCAGAUCCCCUCCGAAAUCCCCAAGUCCCGAGAUGAUGGAGACAGAGCACUUGGGGAUGAUCAUCGAGGAUGUGACAGAUCUCAUUGGUGACGAAGAUGGUGACUCUGAUACACUGGAGAUUGGCACCUGGUCCAAUGACAUGGCUAUGGAAUCCAUUUGCAUGGAUUAUGAAGCAAUGUCUAACAAUGUAACAGUUCUUCCACCCCAGUUUGGGUAUAACAGCCAUGAGAAUGGCAUCAAAGGGGGCUCUCCCACGUACGAUCAUUCAGACACUUAUGGGUACUGCUCUGAUGACUCGUACACCGAUGAUGGAUUCGUCGAUUCUAAUGACGAGAGCGAAGAAGAGAGGAAUCGGGGGAUCAGGAUAUCGUAUACUGGGGAGAACACUGCUGAAGCUGUUGAGGACGAAUCCAAGCUCAAGAAGAUCAAUAUCAAUAAGAAAAUCAUGACUCUGUUCAAUGACUCCGAGAGAAAGCUCCACAACUCGAAAUUUCUGUUCACAUAUGGGGAGAAUGAGAGCUGUGAUGAGUCUCUUCUUGCUCAGCACAAGAGGCUGCACUUUGAUUAUGCUAAGAAACGUGAAAGUGAGAUCAUCGAUUUUUUAUUCAUCAGAAAGGAUAAAGAAAUAGUAUUCAAUCAUGGUCAGAAGGCCUUGAAGCCAGUUACAAGUGAUCUAGGGGAUUGUUCGACGUUUGAGCAUUGCGAAUAUAUCAGGAGUGUUGCUCAAGAGAUUACGAGAGAGAUUGAGAAGGAGAAAUUGUCGAGUGAUUAUUUUUAUUCCAAGAGUCAGGGUAAUAGCAACAACAUUCCAACACCUAGGUUGUAUGAGCCAGCGGAAGUGAACUUUAGUUUUGAUUAUCAGCCAGUACUCGAGGGACAUCCCGGCCCCAGUCCUAGUCUUAUUCUUCAAGCUCUUACCAUGUCCAACGCCAAUGAUGGUAUCAAUCUGGAGAGACUUGAGACCAUUGGGGAUUCAUUCCUUAAAUACGCCAUUACUACGUACUUGUACUGUACGUAUCCAGUGAUUCAUGAGGGCAAGCUCAGUCAUUUGCGGUCAAAACAGGUAAGCAAUUUGAACCUGUACCGCCUGGGUCGUCGAAAAAUGCUGGGUGAGAGUAUGAUAGCGACAAAAUUCGAGCCACACGACAACUGGCUACCGCCUUGCUACUACGUCCCCCGUGAGCUCGAGCAGGUGUUCAUAGCGUCCGGAGUGCCCUCGAGCCUCUGGAAUCAGGCCCAAGAUCUCCACACCCUCCAGCCGACCCUCGACAUCAGCGAAAUAACCCAACUAAUUCGAGACACUGAAUACAAACUAGGAAUAAUGAGAAUGGAACUGGAUAAAAACGACAAUCGUAUGGUUGACGAUGUGUCAAUUCCAGAGUCCCAACACUGCUCGAUCCCCUACAACCUGAUCACCCAGCACAGUAUCCCAGAUAAAAGCAUAGCUGAUUGUGUGGAGGCCCUGAUAGGAGCUUACCUGAUAGCUUGUGGACCCAGAGGAGCUCUGCUGUUCAUGGCCUGGCUGGGAAUACACGUGCUCCCAACCCUCCAAGUCACUCUAGUCCAGGAGAAUGAACCACUGGAUCAUCAUCCAGGUAGCACGCCCUACGUCAAAGGUAUGGACCCCUCUGGAAGGACAACAUGGUGUCAGACUCGGUACGGGAAGCUCGAGGAGCCCAGGAAUCCUCUUCUCAGGCACGUGGCGGAUCCGGAGACAGAGCUCUCUCUGAUGCUCGAUGGUUACGAGAAACUUGAAGAGAGUAUUCACUACAAGUUCAAGGACGCCAGCUACCUCCUUCAGGCGUUCACCCACGCUUCUUAUCAACCGAAUAGACUGACUGAUUGUUAUCAACGCCUGGAAUUCCUCGGGGACGCUGUACUGGACUACCUGAUCACCAGACACCUCUACGAAGACGCGAGACAGCACUCACCAGGAGCACUGACAGAUCUGCGAUCUGCCCUGGUGAACAACACAAUAUUUGCAUCACUCGCUGUGAGGUGCGGCUUCCACAGGUACUUCAGGCAUCUCUCACCAGGUCUCAACGUCGUUAUAGACAGAUUUGUAAGGAUUCAGGAGGAGAAUGGGCAUUCGAUCAGUGAGGAGUACUACUUGAUUGGGGAUGAGGAGGCUGAAGAGGCUGAGGAUGUCGAGGUUCCCAAGGCUCUUGGCGAUGUCUUCGAAUCAUUGGCUGGUGCUAUUUACCUUGACAGUGGUAUGUCCCUGGACGCUGUCUGGAGUGUCUACUAUAGAAUUAUGAAGACUGAGAUUGAACAGUUCAGCACUAAUGUACCAAAAUCACCGAUUCGUGAGCUUCUGGAACUUGAACCAGAGACUGCUAAAUUUGGUAAGCCUGAGAAGCUCGUUGAUGGACGGAGAGUGAGAGUCACUGUUGAUGUUUUUGGAAAAGGAUCAUUCAAAGGCAUCGGGAGAAACUACAGGAUAGCCAAAUGUACUGCAGCUAAAUGUGCUCUUAAGAAACUUAAGAAAAUGCAAUCGACAUCCCAAAGACAAAAAAUUUGAUAUAUCUAGGUGAUAUUUAAUCAAAUUCAACUGAACCGCCAUGUUUUUUAACUUGAGAUUACUUUUCUAUUUCUUUCCUCUUGUCUGGUCUUUUCAUUAGUUGAAAAGUAUUACAUAUUUUCUCGGUUUAUUCGGGAUCAAUACGCACUGGAGUGUAUAAAAAAAUUACAAUGAGUGAGAAAUUGUUUACAAUACAGGUUUUGUUUAUAUCGCUUCUUUUUUUUUCUUAUCAGCAGUCUGGUAGUGAUAAAUUUUGAAAAAAUUUAUAACUUAUUAGUCUACGUUGUCUUGGAAUAUUAGUCUCACGUAGCCUGGAGUUCCCUCGAGGGGUACUGCGCAGAAGGGGCAGAUUGCUAUGUAGCCGUUUGUACCAUGAGGAAUUGCAACUUUUUCCCAAUAUCUGAAAGGCGAGACAUGAAAGAUAAUUAGUGAAUUUAAUUGUGCGGCGAACUGAUGGUAAAUCAAACCAAAUUCCCACACAGAUUUGUUUGUAAAUAUACCUGAAACUAGUGGAUUAAAAAAAAUACGUGACUUUUUGUAGCAUAAUCCUUCUUUUGAGGAUAUUUUAACAUCUCUUAUUAAAACCAUUUCAAUUUUUGUUUUACCGAGGGCAUCACAAAAUUCAUAUGUACUUAUUUGGCCUCAUAUCAUUCGCACCGAUUUUUACAUAAAUAAAUCUUCAAAUACCCGUGUCUUACAAAUAAAUUGUGAUAUGACUGA